ACAUAAGAACAGGCGUCGGAUGCAUUGCCGCCAGUCUCGACUUGGGCAGCAGUGCAUUUGAGUCUUAUACCUAGCACAUCCUGACCCAGCCAUCAGCAUGGGACGCGUGUCGAUGCUUCUCGUCGUGUUAUCCAUUGCCCUGGUUGCCCCCAGCCAAGGCUUCCUGAAGGACCUACUCUUCGGUGAAGCGAAAAAAGCUUUGCUUGAUGACGGAAAUACUGAGAUCCUUGACCAUGUCUGUAACUACAGAGUAAUGCCCCGUUUUAAAGACUGGGAGCUCUACUUCAGGGGAGACGUGUGGUGCCCCGGCUGGACAAUCAUCAAGGGAGAAUCGCUGACUCGCAGCAGGACUAGAGUGGUGAACAAGGCCGUUGCAGAUUUCGCCAGGAAAGCUGUCGCUCAGGGACUCAUCACCCAGGAGGACGCUCAACCUUUGCUAGAGUAGCCUGGAGCUACAAGCAGUAUGCCAAAGAGGUGCAAAGACGGGAUGAUCAUUCACCCUUCCGUGAUCUCCCACACCGCACCACCACCCAACCACGCCCAGCCAACACCAUCUUCCUUAUUCUUCUGUUGUCAUUCUUAUCCACGAUUUACGAAAUCUAAAACACAUCUCUCGGUUACAACUGUAUGUUAUAAAUGAUUAUAAUAUAACAAUUAUCAUAAAUACACCA